AUGAGUAUCAAAUUUUCACUCGAUCAUAACGCUGUAUUGCUUUAUUUUUCAGAGAAAUCUGAAGAGGAGAAACAAAAGGAUAUUGAACUGUACAGAGAGUUGAAACAAAGGAAGAAUGAAUUGGAAGAGAAACUUUUGGCAAAACUGGAAGAAUUACGCGAGGUUUGCAUCAAGGAAGCGGAGAUAACCGGCGAGAUGCCAAAGGAGAUCUAUAAGACUUUGAUGCCCGGAGAACCUGAACCAAAAGUGAAACGACGUGUCGGAACGGCAUUUUGUUUGAGUGAAGAUGUCUUCAGAAAACCUGCUGAUGGGGUGUGUCGUUUUGCUUUUCUCCUUCAUUUUUUAAUCACUAAUAGUCAGCUUGAAAUGCUUGCUGGAUUGUAUUCACGGGAUCUCUUCAUUAAAAGUGAUGCUCGUCGAGUAAUCCUAAAAGGGAAUUGCGGCUUUUCUUCGAAAUUUGGUCGCGUAAAAAAUACGUUACUAAAAUGGAUAAUGGUUUCAGGAUGA